GAGCUCGCUAGCGCCAGAGGUUUUAUAUCCAACAUGAGGGCGACCUGUGCCAAACGCGGCUUAGGCUACCUUCGUGUCUGCGCCCUGUCCUGCUUCGUCUUCCUGCUCUGUUCCACUUGCGGUGGGCAGAACAUGGCCUCUCACCAGCCCACGCUGAGGCGCAGUCGUCGGAGUCACCAAAGCGCGAAGGACAGAGGAGCGCACCGCCACCACCACAGGCCGCUGACCGACGAGCAGAAAGCGGACCAGAACCUGCAGUUCAUGCUCAGUUUGUACCACAGCGCAGCCGAACCGGACGGCAGGCCCAAACAGCACCGGAAGUUCGGCUCCAACACGGUGCGCCUGCUGAGGCCCACGGCGUCAUCGGUGCAUUACCUGCCCGCGUCUGGAGACCACUGCUACACCUUCACGGUGCAGUACAACCUCGACACUCUCCCCUCAGAGCGACUGGUGAGAGCUUCUUUUGUUCACCUUCGCUCUUCUCCGCCCUCUUCUUCCUCCACAAACUUGAGCAGCGAACAGGCCGUCCAGCCGCCCCGCUGCAGGGCUCAGAUCACCGCGCUAGGUGCAGAGAGUCUGGUCACCUUGGAGCCUCACGAGCGGUGGACGGAGACGGACAUCACUGCACACAUCAGCAGCCACGUCCUGCGCGGGAAGGAUCAAGGCCGGGGGAGGCACUUGACCCUCACUGCCCAGUACUGGUGCACAGAACCUGAGCUGGCUGAAGAGAGCAACGGCCUCCUGCGGUGGUGGAGGAUUCUGUCUCGAGGGAGGACACGCUGGAGCGGUGAACCUCACCUCGAAGUUCCCUCUCUUCUUCUGUACCUGGAGGAGGAGAGGGAGGUGAAGGACUGGAUGGGAGAACUGCUUGGCACGGAAGGGGAAGGCAUCAUGAGGCAAAUUGGGCAGUGGCAUCUUUCGCUUCACCGCCGCCGUCGCUCCAAAGAUUCUUCAGAGCCUCAGGAUCCUUCACUUGACGCACUAAAGAAUGCCCCCACUUCCUCUUCAUCCUUCUCCACCCCCACCUCAUCCUUGAUCGUCUCUGAUAUCCCCAGCUACAAACACAAAACCAACACACCCAAAAACCGAUGCAAGCUCCACUCUUUCCGCCUGUCUUUCGACGAACUCGGCUGGGGCCACUACUUUAUCGCCCCGCCCGUCUACAACCCUCGGUUCUGCCAGGGCGACUAUAUGGAGUUUAUAAGGUGA